CUGAAAGUCGCUCGCAAGCAGCACCUCUCUUCACAGCUUCACUGCUGGACCGUGGCUCGGGAGCUCGCGCCUCAGCUCUGCUGUGACUUCUUCGUCGGAGCUGACUGACCUUGUCCGUCAUCACACUGCGGUUGAAGCCGGACGAAUUCGCAGAGCGGGGCAAGGCCGUCGACGACGAUGCUAUUCAAGCGCAAAGAGCAGAAGCCAGAAGAGCGCGCGCUCCCCUGCGAGCUUCGCUCUGCCUCUCUGCCUCUCUCUGACCUUCCAGGAGUCCGGAGGCGCUCGCGAUCCGAUCGCAGGCUAGCGCACGGUAGCAUGCCUAUGCGCCCCCCCACGGUCUGCAGUCGUGAUGAGGCUUUCAUCCACGGCUCAAAGUUGCGUGGAGAGUCGAAAGAAGCGGUCCCCACCAUCUUGCGUGUCUGUGCUGCUCACUGCGAGUCAAUCUAUGGGCUCGGCUCUCUUCCUCAGGAGAAUCUAGCUAGCCCUCACCUCCACCUUACCAGUCACGAGUAUGCAGCCCUUGAGAGCAGGAUUUGCGCGGCUAUAUAUAGUCAAGAGUUCAUGGGCCCCUUGCGAGUGGCUAGGCGCGUCCCGGUUCGGCUUCUCUUCUCUUCGGAAAGGGCAUGGAUAGCAGACAGAAGAGGAGAGCAAGUCUGGAAGCCAGCUAGGGGGUCGACACGCUUGAACCUCAGUCGCGAGUGUGGAACGGCAUUCAAUCUUGAAUAUGGAGACCGAUGAGACGCGAGAAUCACGAAUCGAAUCACGUGAAUGUGAAACGAAUCAUCAAGCCUGUGCCCG